UAAAGUUCUUUUUACGCGUGGACCCAAAAAAGGAGACUUCUUUGUUGUUUACUGACUUUGAUCUUCAAGAAAUAAGCAUCGGUACAUCACAGAACUGGUUCUCAGUGUAAAGAAAUUAUUGUAUGCUAAGUUUUUUCAUUGUAUCCCUCUUCCAACCACUAUUUCUCUGGCCAAUUAUCAUGGCGGAAGCUGCCGUUUCCUUUGUUGCAGAGAGGCUAGCUGACAUACUGCAAGAAAUUGAUUUUCACACGGAUGUUCGGAAACAAGUGGAGCGUCUACAAGAGGAACUGGUCCGGAUGAGAUGUUUCUUAAAGGAUGCAGAUGCAAAGCAAGGUGAUGAUGAGAGAGUGCGCAAUUGGGUGUCUGAUAUCAGAAAUGUUGCUUACGAUGCCGAGGAUCUCAUCGACAGGUUCGUCCUCAAAAUGGACUCCCUCAAGAGAAACAAGUUCUUCAAAAGGUAUGCUUCUUUUUUUAAAGAAUGGAAUCAUCGCUCUAAGAUCGCUGAUGAGCUCCUUUACAUCCAAGAAAGAAUCGUUAAUAUAUCCAUCAGCCGUGAAACCUACGGUAUCAGAAACAUUGGGGAGGGAAUCAGUACAGCAAGGGAGAGGCUUCGGAAGCUGAGAAGAUCAUCUCCACGCGGUGAAGAAAAGGAUAUUGUAGGCCUCGACGAUGAUAUAGCUAAGCUUGUGACACAACUUGUCCGAACUGAUGACCAAUGGCAUGCGGUUUCGAUAGUCGGUAUGGGGGGCAUCGGAAAGACAACUCUGGCCAAAAAGGUUUACAAUCAUGGUAAUAUCCAGGCUCGUUUCCCUUCUCGAGCUUGGGUUUAUGUUUCGCAGGACUUCAGUACUAAAGACUUACUUGAGGCAAUCAUAAAGCAAGUGGGAUCAGCAAGAAGAAAAUUGGAAUCUUUGGAUGAAGAAGAACUUGAAGCAAUUCUCUAUGAACACCUAAGAAGGCAGCGGUAUUUGGUAGUCUUGGACGAUGUAUGGAGUAUCGAAGCCUGGAAAUCAAUUGCAAGGGCUUUUCCGGACAGAAACAACGGAAGCAGGGUGAUGCUAACAACUCGCAACAAUGGUAUUGCUUUGAAAGCAGACCCUCAAAGUGUUCCCUAUGAUUUGCGUUUCCUUGGUGAAGAAGAUGGCUGGAUAUUGUUCUGCAAGAAAGCCUUCAUUCAUAACAACGACUCAUAUGGUUCACCGCAGUUGGAGGAAACGGGGAAAGAAAUAGUGGCGAAAUGUGCUGGAUUGCCACUUGCCAUCAUUAUUGUAGGAGGAUUGCUUUCAAUGAAAAGAAAUCUAGGGGAAUGGAAAAGGGUUCUUUCCAACAUGAGCUCACACUUUGCAAGAGAUGCAGAUGGGGUGUCGGCAAUAUUAGCUUUGAGUUAUAAUGAUUUGCCAUAUUACCUCAAAUCUUGCUUCCUCCAUCUAGGCCAAUUCCCAGAGGACCGCUUGAUCCCCUCACACAAAUUAUUCAGGCUGUGGAUUGCAGAGGGUUUGAUUACGCAGCAAGGCGAAAGGAUGGAGGACGUAGCAGAGGAUUACUUGACUGAGCUGAUUGAGAGAAACAUGGUUCAAGUAGCCAAGUGGAGCAUUAACGAUCGAGUUAAACAAUGUCGUCUUCAUGAUCUGCUCCGAGACCUGUCCAUCUCAAAGGCCAAAGAAGAGAGCUUUUAUGAGAUUCAAGGGCAUCAAAGUCUCCACCCUUCGGGAAAAUCUCGUCGUCAUGCUGUCUACUCAACCUUUCAGUGGCCCCAAUGCAAGUACUCAAAUCCCCACCUUCGGUCACUCCUAUUCUUCAGAGUUGAUCAGAACCAAAGCCAGGCUAAUUAUUAUAUCAACGAUCCUUACAAAAUGGAAAGCAGUGAUCUAGACUAUAUUGGCAAAAGCUUCAGAUUGCUAAGAAUCCUUGAGUUGGAGGGUAUACCGUGUACUAAGGUCUCAAGCAUAAUUGGAGCACUAACUCAUUUGAAGUACAUGGGGUUGAAGAAGACCAACUUACAGGAGCUUUCACCCGCCAUAAGUUCUUUGCGAAAACUGCAGACACUUGAUGUAGCAGAAAAUGCUCAUCUAACAAUAAUUCCAAAUGUAAUAUGGAAGCUGAUAAAGUUACGACAUCUUUAUAUGUGCGGUCAUAAAUUCGGAGGGCAGCUGCGAAUCGACACACUGCAGCAUCUCCAAGUUCUAUCAGAAAUGAAUGUAGAAAAAUGGAUGCAAAAUAACCCGGCAAAGUUAACCAGCCUGCGGAAAUUGGGUAUCAGAGGAAACUUCAGCUUCAAAACUAAUGAAAUAUUCAACUCCAUUUUAGCACUUGAGCAACUUCAGUCCCUGUACCUGCGUACUGAAGAUGCUGAUUUUCCGUCACUCACUCAACUUUCCGAUCAUCAAAAACUAGUCAAGUUGCGUCUAGAAGGAAGAAUAAGUCGGUUACCUGACUCACAUGAAUUCCCACCAAAUCUGACUCAGUUGACAUUACAGCACACUCAUCUCAAGCAAGAUUCAGUGAGGAUACUUGAGAAUUUGCCACGAUUACUGAUUAUGAGACUGAAAGCUCGCUCCUAUGAUGGAAAAGAAAUGGCGAUAUCAGUGAAUGGCUUUCACCAACUUGAGUUCCUGGAGUUUCACUCCCUGGAAUCAUUGGAAGGGUUCAAUCUUGAAAAAGGCGCAGUGGUAAGGCUUAGAAUUUUGCGGAUAAUCAACUGUGGGAACUUGAAGAUGCUUCCUGAAGGAACAGAAUCACUUAGUGCUCUCCGUGAGUUGGAUAUUGAAGGGAUGCCGAAAGCAUUCGUGGAUAGGGUUCGAGGUGAAGACUUUUACAAAGUCCAGCAUGUUCCUUCUAUCCUAUUUGUUUAAUUUGCAGUUUCGUUGUAGCAAAUGGCAAAUGUUCAUGCGUUUAUUUAUCAAGG